UAUUCAGCUCCUUCUUCAACCUCUCAACGGCGCCUCUCCUCGAGCUAUUCCCGCUCCAGCUAGCUCUCCCUGGCUCCCUCCUACUUUGCCUGCUAGUACUACCAAAACCUAGCUAGCUAGCUCCUUGGCCGGAGCUGCGCGCUAAGUUUGGGCAGCACCUUCUUCAGUUGGAGAAGAAGCCAGCAGCUGCGAGCAAUGAGGGCGGACAUGGGAGAUCAGAGGAGGUCAAGGCAUGGCCAUUUCAAAGCUGUUGGUUUCGGAGCAGCAGCAGGAGGAGGAGCACAACAUGUAGAGCAUGAUCAGGAGAAGCUCAAGGAUAAGAAGCUGGACAUGAGUGGUUUGUCCAUGGACACCAUCCCACACAUCACCAUGUCUCUCGGCCACAUCACCACCUUGGACCUCUCCAACAACAAUCUCGAGAGCAUUCCAGAGUCAAUGAUCGCGCGGCUGCUGAACGUGGUGGUCCUGGACGUGCGAUCCAACCAGCUCAAGUCGCUACCCAACUCCAUCGGCUGCCUCUCCAAGCUCCGCAUCCUCAACGUCUCCGGCAACCUCCUCGAGUCCCUGCCGUCCACCAUCGAGGAAUGCCGUGCGCUGGAGGAGCUGAACGCCAACUUCAACCAGUUGACAGGGCUGCCGGACACGCUGGGCUUCGAGCUCCACAACAUCCGCAAGCUCUCUGUCAACUCCAACAAGCUCGCCAGCCUCCCCUUCUCCACAAACCACAUGAUAUCGCUGCGGGCCCUUGACGCCCGCCUCAACUGCCUCCGCUCACUCCCGGAUGGCCUCGAGAACCUUGUUAACCUCGAGGUGCUCAACAUCAGCCAGAACUUCCACUUCCUGCGGGAGCUUCCAUACGGCUUGGGCCUCCUCAUCUCGCUCCGGGAGCUCGACAUUAGCUACAACUCCAUCUCCGUGCUCCCGGACUCCAUGGGCUGCCUCGCCAAGCUCAACAAGUUCAGCGCCGUGGGGAAUCCGCUUGUAUGCCCGCCCAUGGAUGUCGUUGAGCAGAGCCUCGAUGCCAUGCGAACCUACCUCAGCUCCAGGAUGAACGGCACCGGCGUCAACGCCAAGAAGAAGAAGGGGUGGCUGCCCAGGCAGCUGCUCAAGUAUAACACCUUCUCCGACAGGAUGAGUAGUAUGACGCCUGGUCGCAAGGGUGUUAUGACGCCUGGUCGCAAGAGUGUUAUGACGCCUGGUCGCAAGAGUGUCCAUGACAACUCGGAGGGAUUCUUGAUGUCAGAUUACCAUUCGCUCAACGGGGUCGGGUCGCCGGGGUUUCUCUCUAUGCUAUCACCGCGGCGGCUCUUCUCGCCUCGGAGGAAUUCGCCCAAGCAUCAUUAAGCGUGACCCACGUUUGUUUCCUGUUUGCUCCUAGAAGUAUUCAGAUGGAAUGAUUGUAGGUUCUGCUGUUUCUGCAGGUGUGUACAAAUGUCUGUUUCUGCAGAUGCGUACAUAUGUGAAGAGGUGUAUAUACAAUAAUGUAUUGUAGAACGAUAGGGCAUUGCUGCACACAAAAACUAAAAAGGGUGGUUUAUUUUCCUACUGUAUUUUUCUUCAUUCGCUACUAAUGCUUUUGUAGUGAAGUGUACUUUGAGCAGAAAAUUGUAAUCCUCUAGUUGUUGACUGAACAUAAAGUUUGAGAG